AUGGCUCGUGCUAAUACAGUACGAAAUUGUUCGCCAAGAGUAACAAAAAUUGCAUGGGGUCGUGUUGAUAUUGAAGAUAAUGGUUAUUUCAAAGACGUUAAACUUUAUCCAGGUGGUAAGUAAGUCUGCUUUUAGAUUAAUAUAUCACAUGUGAUGUAUCAACUAAGAAUUGGAUGUCAUUGGCAAUAUUAUGUGAAAUGUGCAAAAAUGAAGUUUUUGAGUUAUGACUAGGGGUGGCACAUUUACUUUACUUUUCGUAAAAGUAAAUAAGUAAAGUAAAUAAUUUAUUUACUUUUUACUUUUGUAAAGUAAAUAAAAAAAAGUAUUUUUUAAGGAAGGGGGUAUCAUUAAUCAAUUUUUUUUAUUUACUUUACAAAAGUAAAUAGUAAAUAUUUUAUUUACUUUACAAAAGUAAAUAAUAAAUAGUUUAUUUACCUAUUUACUAGUAAAGUUAAUAUAAAGUACCACCCCUAGCUAUGACCCCGUUUAAGAUAUAUGGUAUCGGCGGAAUUCGAUGACUUUUCGCACAAACCUUAUUGAAAAAUAUUUACUGGCCGACUCUUAAUGAAUAUUUUAGUAUUAGUACGAAACUUAAGUAGGCCUUUCGUAGGCAUUCGUGAGAUGGUCAUAUCUCAAGAAGGUCUGAACUACUCACAUUGAAAUCUUCUGUAGGUAUAAAUCUGUGAGAAAUGUGAGCUUCAGUUUAAAACGCUUGAUACUUUUGUUACUAUAAAUUACGGAGUUUCCGUAUAAUCCACUUUGUGACUUCUAUGGAAAAUGUUGAAAGACAAACAGAAUACCUUUUUGUGGAUGAAAUCUAAAGUACAUAUGAAUCAGUAUAGAUGAAUCUUCAUGCCCAUGCUAGGCUACCCCUCACCAGAAAUGUAAGAUAAAUUAUGUUGAAUGCUAUAAGCAUCACCUGAUAUAGCAGAUACGUUAGCUGGGAUUCGAGAGGCGGCGCAAGACAUCUACAUGAAUUUCUGAAAUAGAAUUUAGCCCUGUGAGGGUGUGGGUGUGGGUGUGGGUGCGAACGGGGGUUGAUUGAGAGAUUUACACCCACACCCUACACCCACACCCCAUACCCACACCCCAUACCCACACCCCAUACCCACACCCCAUACCCA